CAAAAGUGCACUCAGUGAAUCAGAUAAUUCACAAUUUUAACAUCGCUUCAAGUCUAUUGGCGAAGGUCAAGUCUGCAACGGGGUCAAGGAGACCAAGACUAGAAGUCGGACUAUACUGGUGAUCGGUGCAUGCGUGUUCCUGGCUUUGAUGACGGCCGCCAUCUUGGGUUCCGUGUAUCUGGGGUACUCCCUUCACCCACUGGGCUCGACCGGAAAACAACAGACGUACACGGUGGAUUUCUAUCAGGACGGUCAGCACGUUACCAAGGAGACGUUGGUCAUCACGGAACGUGAGGAAGUGUACGCCGCCACCAACGGUACUGUUGUCAAGGACUAUGAGACAGGGUUCGCAGUGUACAAGAUGGACCACUUCCCAGGGUGCUACCUGACCACGUUUAACAUGAGCGACAGAGACAACUACAGCAGCAACGGACAACAACAGGUUAGUCCUGACAUAACAGAGGCUACCAACUUCUUUCUUCUCCAAUGA